AUGGCGGCACGACCUGCAUUUCGGGCCAUGGUCGGGAGCCUGAAGCAGCCAAGGCUAUUCUCGACGACUCUGCCUCGGCGCGAGCUGUUCGAUAUAACACACCUGCCCGACCGGACGAUUCCGCGCUACGAAGAAACGCCGGCAUCGUCGUUGCUGUCGCUACAGUGGCCGCAGCCGCCGCGCAACGUCCUGAUUAUGCCCAAGCUGCAUGCGCCGCAUGUGACACGAUCGGCUAUUGAGCUUGCCCGGCAUCUGGCUAAGAACUACCCAGAUCUGCGGCUCGUGUUCGAAAGCCGUAUUGCCAGCGACAUCCACGAGUCGCUGCCGUUCCCCAUCUACACCGUCGUCGGCAACAGCGACCCAACAUCCAUUUUCCCCCGCAAAAUCGACGUCAUUACGACGCUCGGCGGCGAUGGCACGAUCCUGAGGGCAGCCAACCUCUUCUCGCUGCAGCCGAGCGUGCCACCAAUACUGUCCUUUAGCAUGGGCUCGCUGGGGUUCCUGGGCGAAUGGAAGUUUGACGAGUACAAGAGCGCGUGGCGCGAGGUUUACAUGAGUGGCAGCGGCGUGGCCGUCGACGACCUGGUCGGCCCGCAUACACAAGCUGCAAGCCAAGGAAGCCAAGGCGGCGCGGGCGGCCUGACAAAGUCAGUAUCGGCAGCUGACACUGCAGCUCUGACACGCUCCGCCGGCGAGCCUGAGACCGACAAGCCGGUGUCGUGGGGCAAUGCGCGUGGCCAGAGCAUGGGCGUGAAGCGGGUGUCUCGGAUGCUGCUUCGGCACCGCCUCAAGGUGGGCGUGUACGACCAGAAUGGUGUCAACAUCAACGGUCAACUGGUCCCUACUUCUGUAACCGAUCCCAGCCACGGACCUGGCCAGGCCCAGAGCAGCACACCCAGCUCGUCACGCUCAUCACAGACUCCACCGCCGGCCUUGCACGCCAUCAACGAGCUGCUGAUCCACCGUGGACCACACCCACACCUGGCCAUCAUUGACAUUUUCCUGAACAACCACUUUUUGACCGAGGCCGUGGCCGACGGCAUCCUCGUGAGCACGCCGACGGGCUCCACCGCGUACUCGCUCAGCGCCGGCGGGUCCAUCAUCCACCCGCUGGUGGGCUCGCUGCUGAUCACGCCCAUCUGCCCGCGUAGUCUCAGCUUCCGACCGCUGGUGCUGCCUCUCAACACCAAGGUGGUGCUGCGGCUCAGCGAGCGCAACCGGGGCCGCGAGCUCGAGGUGAGCAUCGAUGGCAAGCGCAAGACGGGCGUGGGGAUCGGCAUGGAGGUGCGAGUCGAGGGCGAGAAUGUCGGCCCCGCGGCGGACGGCAGCUGGCGCGGCGGCGUUCCGUGCGUGAUCAGGGCACCCAAGAAGGGCGAUUCCAACGGUGUGCUCGAGGACGACGACGGUUGGGUCGGCGGCCUCAACGGCCUGCUCAAGUUCAACUACCCUUUUGGAGAGGUAGCGCCGUAG